GAUGGUGACAGCCAUCGUGUUGCACAGUGUCUUCUUCCUCUCAGGUAAUUCUGCUACUUGUGAUGUGCAUUCAGAUCUGUUCAUCACUGCACCAAAAGAGAUGGAAGCACUGACUGGAUCUUGUUUGCAAAUUCCAUGUAACUUCAGCACAUCAGGAAAGAAAAUCAACAGCGCAACAACAACUUUUGGAGUGUGGCUUAAAAAGGAAAAUAAUGUGAUUUUCAACAGUAGUGGGACAGUUUCCACAUAUCCGAUGAAUUUUACUGGAAACUUGAGUCAGAAAAACUGCACCACUUUAUUUUCCAGUUUAAAGACAACAUACACAGACACAUACUACUUCAGAGUUGUGAACUGGCCCUUUCGAGCAACGGCUGCUUGUGAUCCUCUUCAAAUAACAGUUAAAGAUUCUCCUCCAAAGCCCAGGAUUGAGAUCUCAGGUGAUGUGAAGGAGAAGGAGUCUGUCUCUAUAAGCUGCUCAGCUUCCACUCCCUGUCCACACUCUCCUCCUCAACUCACCUGGAACCUCCAACCAGACUCUCACCACAUGAUGGAGGAAAACACAGAUCGAACCUUCACAACUAGAAUCCAGAAGAGCAUCACUCUGUCACAUGAACAUGAUGGAUUCAUCAUCAACUGUUCUGCCAGAUAUCCUGUGAAUGAAGGAAAACAUGUAAAGACGUCAGAGGAGAGAAAGACUCUCAGUGUUUCAUAUGCUCCCAAGGACACCUCAGCGUCCAUCAGUCCAUCAGGUCGGGUGUCAGCAGGUAGCCGGGUGAACCUGACCUGCUCCAGCAGAGCCAAACCCCCUGUGAGCCGCUUCACCUGGUUCAAGACCAGCAGAGAUGCACCAAUCAAAGUAUCUGAAGGAGACUUUUACAGCUUCAAUGUCACUGAUGGAGGAGUUUAUUACUGUGUGGCCACCAAUCAGCUUGGUAAUCAAACAUCCUCAGAGAUCCAUCUGACUAUAGGAGGUAACUAAUAAAGGUACUUCAUUCUUGGAGGAAUCAUUGGGAUCAUCGUGCUCAUCGGCCUGGUUGUCUUUGUUUGGUCAGUAGCAUCAGUAAAGAAUGUGUCUCCAAUGACAUGUCGUCUUUUUUUGGUACUCUGUGUAUUAGACCCAACAUUUUGUCUUGCAGGCAAUCAGCCUGUUGAAGAGACAGUGACAACAGAAGAAGGAGACGUCCACUAUGGAGAGAUUAACUUCUUGAGGCUCGGACCUGGACCGUCCUCGGUCUUGGAGCAGGACGGUGGACAGCAGCAGGACACUUUGUAUGCGCAUGUCAAAGUGUCCAAGGCAGCAGACAACGUCACACAGACUGCUGAUGUCCCAGAGGAUCUCUACGCUCAAGUGAAGAGAAAAUGA